UCCAAAAAAGAUACCAUUUUGGUAAACACGAGUUCCCCAUGACCAAAAGCUGGGAAUGAGUGAGACAUGCGAAAGAGGUCAGCAAAAUUUUCAACCUCAUUCGACGAAAGUCGAAAGAACACCCAGGCAACAAAAACAACGACGGAAUAGGUUACUCGUGUAUGCUUGUAUGGUAGCCAUUAUUGAUGAUUGACCAUGGUGUCCUCUUCGACGCCUCCCAGCCGCGCCAAGAGAAGAAGCUCCUCCCAUGUAAACCAUCGAACGGCGUGCACUCGACCGGACCGUCGCUUGGAUCUUCGUGCCGCUCGACUAGAACUGGGCGAUCUCAUUGAUUGGAAGUCUCCCGACCAGUCUUCCGCCGAUGCCGAACUCUACUCCAUUAGCACAGAACAAGAACAACGCGUCCUAGAAUUGCUACGAACGCACAAUACAUUGGCGUCGGAAUCCUUUUCCGACUGUCGACCCCUCAAGAACAAGUAUCCGCCAUUGGCAUUUCUCGUGGAAAAGAAUGCCUCUCUGCCGUGUAUCCGAGAAGUCUUUGCCAUGUUUCCGGGCGCCAUUCACUACAAGGAUCGAUGGGGAAAUACACCUCUACAUUUUGCCUGCAUGGCUCGAGCCAGUGCCGCUGCUAUGGAAUUUCUCGUCGAACGGGAUCCCGAUGCCAAGGCGUUGCCCAAUCGAGUCGGAUAUUGUCCCCUUCAUUUCAUCUUGUCGGGACGCAGUGGAAGAGAAUUGACGCGACAACAUAUUGAUGUCCUCUUGCCCCGAGCGCAACAGUCCUUGCUCAUGACCAACGAUUUGGGACUCACGCCAUUGGAUUUGUCGCUCAAAAGCAAUCUAUCUGCCACGGCAUUGGAGUAUCUGUUUCAAGUUGCAUCGGACAGUCGAACUAUUUCGUCCUUUUCCGUUCCCGCGCGGACUGACGAUGGUCGCUUUGGAUUGAAACAUGCCCGGGCUCUGGCCAAUCUACUUCCCACCUUGACCACAUUUACAUACACGCAAUGUCAUGGGAAAAUGUGGACCAACAAGGCAUUUUGUCAUUUAGUCAAAGCCAUGGGGUGCAGUACUCAAUUAGAAAAGGUAGUGAUGGAUGUCCCACGGAGAAUACUCAUUACCGAUCCCGAUGCACAACAAGCUCUGCAAGAAAUGAUGGCCAAUGCACCUAAUCUACGAGAAUUGACACUGCGGAAUGAAGAACGAUCCGGGAUACUUCAUCAUGUGGAAGACGAAUAUGGCGAUGACGGAUGGAUCGCCGCCUUGGUGCGAGGCUUUGAGAUCAACCAAACCCUGGAACAAUUAGUCCUCUACGGAGUCUGUCUCCAGAAUGCGACACCACUCAUGAACCUUUUGUCGGGGCCACAUCAGCCCCAAACAUUGCAUCUAUUGGGUCUCACUGUACUGAGCGACCUCGAUAAUAUUCAACAGUAUCAAGACCUGAGCAAGUGUCGGUGUGAAACAAUCCUCCUCGAAGGACCCAACUGGGACCAUCAGCUACUACCACAACUGGGCCAAAUGCCACGGCUUGCACGACUACGGAUUGCCUACACGGGACCCUCAGAUUUGUCCGUUCCACUGGCUUUGCUGAUACAACAAAGUCCCUCCUUGAGGCAUUUGGAAGUCUCGGCAGGAUGUUGUGUCAAGAACCAAGACAGGCUCGUAGAUGCCUUGCAGACCAGUGUAACGCUGGAAAAAUACACUUACGCAAACGGCAUGAAUCGAGAAUCCAAGGCGAGGAUUGCCUAUUACACCAAUCUGAACAAGUACGGAAGGAAACAAGCAAGUGCUUCCAAUUUCUCCAAGUUAGAUUUCGUCAAUAUGCUGGGUGCUGCUGCCGAAGAUGAGGACUUGAAACCAUUUUGGCGACAGAUCGAUCUGUUCAACAUCCACUUUGGGUUGCUCAGUCUAAACCCCAGUCUUUGGAUUGGCGGACAGAGAGGAUGUGAACGACAUGAACAUGAACAAGAGCUAAUGAUUCUGUGCUAAGAGAGAUAGUGCAGUACGUCACUAAAUAAUCUACACAACUACAUGCAAAUAGUGUUCCUAGUAGUUAAGUUGGUUCAGUUUCAUUCCCCAC